CACACUCUUACAUGAGCUAUUCUGCUUCACACCACUCAUGACCCACUCUAGUCUCAAUACUAGAUGAAUAUAUUGUGUUUAGCAUAUUCCUGGUGUUGCAGCGUCAUUUAUAGCGACAUGAAGACUGAAGACCCGGAAAACGCCGACUCUUCUCAUACCACUAGGAUCAGCUUUAAAAGGCAAUUAUUGGAGAAAUGUGUGGUUACUAUGGUGGCCGUGUACCUUGCUGGGGAAUUCAUCUACUAUACAUUGGGCGAUUUAGUUCCAGGCAGGGCCAAUAACCAUCCUAUCCUCAGAUUCCUAAUAUUGUUCUCGGCUCAAUGGCUAUUCGAUUACCUAUACAGAAGAUAUAGAGGCGUGUAGAUACUUAUAAUCAAAC